AUGUCGCCCACCAACGAGCAGGUCGUGGGACCAUUCGCCCCGGCUGUUACCAGAAUCGGCAGCAAUGUUUUCGACAAACUCGAGCACAUGCAAAAAGCCAUAUACAGGCUCGAAGAAGAGGUUGGGCGCCAGCAAAAUGUCCUUGACCGGUACGAGUACAACAAAGAGAAGCAUCUUUGGCUAGAGUUACGGCCUCGUCUCAUCGAGAACAAGAAGGAGCUCGAGCAGCUACGUGCUAUGGCUGCUUCUGAACAGAAGAAGCGUGAAAACCACAAAAAAGCCAUUUUCAAGCUUGAAGAUGAAGCCGAGCGCUUGGAAUUUGCGCUCAAUUGUGACAGGUGGCAUCGUGAGUACAAGGAGCAAUGGGAGAACGCAUGGAGUCGUUCUAGAAAGAUCGAGAAGGACGUGAAAUUCCUGCGUGCUCUGGCUACUCCUGAGGCGAGCAAACUGGAAGAAGAGAAGGCAGCUGCCGAAAACAAGCGCGCUGCUGCGGAGAAGGCAGCUGCAGAGGAAAGGAAGCGCGCUGCUGAGAACGCAGCUACCGAGCAAAAGCGCCGACAGGAACUCCUCAAGCAAAAAGAGGAGGAAAAGAAGGCCUUAGAAGCUCAACUAUCUGCCGAAAAGAAGCGCAAAGCAAACGCGGAAGCCGCCGCACAGAAAUACAAGGCAGAGCUAGCAGUCGCCGAGAAGAAGCGUACUGCCGAGAAAGCAGCUGAGGAAAAGAAGCGCAAGGCAGAGCUAGCAGCCGCCGAGGAGAAAGGAAAGCAUGAACGCAUGCAGAAGAUCGAGCAGGACGUCCAGUUCCUGAAAGCUCACCUUGCGGAGAAGAAGAAGCAUGCGGACCUUCUCGCCAGUCAAAAGCUGAAAGAUGAGACGAGCCGCAAGCUUAUGGAGGCUUAUAGGGCUGAGAAACGUAAACGAGAAGAAGCCGUAGAGGAGGCUCGCCAAAAGCUGGAGGAUGCAGAAAGGCGUCUGCGGCUGGAGAACGAGGAAAGACGCAACAAGAGCUAUGAGGUCUGGAAAGCUCAGGAGCGUGAACGCCAAAGGGCCGUAGAGGAGGCUUCGAGGAGCGCUGCUCAGAAGGAGAAGGAGACUUCUGAUGCUAGAAAAGAGGCUGAACGACGAGCAUCUUCAGCACAGAAUCCCAAAGAAGUGUCGUUCGAUCCUUCACGCGACAAGACAUAUGACCACCACCCUGCCUCGCGAGACUACUAUCGACCUGGGGAGCAGAAUGUCCCUCGCACAGAUAAGAACAGCCGACAGAAGUACCACCAAGCGUCUCACGAUCAUUCCCGUCCACAGAACCCACAACACUCUUCUCAUCCCCAAAAAGAUCCUCACCGACAGGACUACCAGUCAAGGCACCAACUUCCCGCGCGGCCUGACUCACAAUAUCACCCAGAUAUUGCCCAUCCUACAGCCUUCAGAGCUCCUCCGCACGUUCAUCAGGCCCCAGUCGGUUUAUCCGGUCUGCCCGCUGGAUCCUCAAUUGCAUCAUAUUCCCCAGCUGUCGCGCCUUGGGAAGAGAAGGACCGGGGCAUGAAUGGCUAUGCAGCUAUGCAUGAACCGAGCCAGAAGCCUUCGGUCACUGAGAACAAGUGGUCCACACCAGUGAUACCAACUUGGGUUGCACCUGUCCUGGAGUUAAAGGCCAUGGACGAGAAGCACUUUUCGUUGCCUGGUCCCAUUGCUCAAGCCGAGUCGCCGAAGGAGAACCCCAGGAAAAUCGAUGUCUGCGCUCCUCGAGAGACGGAAGAGGAGAAGCUUCGACGGGAACUGGACGAAUACAAGGCAAAAUGCGCAAAGCUAGCCGCCGACUUGGAGAGAAAGAAGCGAGUUUCCGGUGCAGACAGUGUGGCGACGUGGCAGACGGGUACCAGAUCAAUUUGGGAGGAUCCAACUAAGGAUACCCCGAAGACCGAUUCUAAGGACGCUCCCGAGAGUUCUGAGGACACUCGCAACAAUUCUUCGAAGCCGGCAGUCUCUGUGCAGAAUCUUCGUCGUCGGCAACCCAGUGUCAGCUACCCUCAUCACCUUUCAAAGAGCCAUACCGAGGCUCCUCACCACGAGUCAACCGUCAACCGCGAUGGUGAUCGGCCCAGCAGUCGAACAAGCACACAUACUCGCUACUUCGAAGCAGAGGAGUAUGUAUCUGCCGAUGAAGAGCACACUCCGAGGGGCAAGUCUUCGAAGUUCGCCACCCAGCACAACUGGCAGAAGGCAUCAAGAGAAUCAACUCCCCGCUAUGUCCCUCCUACACCUCACCGGCACCCUUCCCCUCCCCCGAACCUGCCUCCCACACCUCCUCGCGGAUCCAAGGUGUCCACUCCAGCGACACUCCGGCUGGCCCCUAGGGAAGAUACCAGCUCCAGCAAGAACAUUCAGACGCCCAAGCUGCCUGGCAUCCCCGGCAGCUGGUGCGAUGAGCCGUUGCGGGCGAAUCCUAGCUGGCCCGCCAAUGUCUCGACCCCGAGCAUUCAAAGUCCUGUCAUCCCCGCUGGCAAGGCGAAGGAGACGUACAAACCCGACCGGUACAUCCCGCCUUGUAAUGCUCCGAAGGAUGUAGCCCCUCCUGGCUCCUACCUUUUCGCGGAUGCUCGACCCAAGAAGCCGAGCUACAACUACCCCGUGCCGCCAUACUACCCCAGCCACGCAGCCAUCACCCCACAACCAGGCCCUGCGUUCUACGCUCCGGUGGCUUCCUAUGGCCAUUUGUACGCUUCUGAUGCGCGCAAGUUUCCUUCUGAGGUAGACGUGGAGGCUGGACCAUCGAGACAUGGUGGGCAGUACUCACCCUGGGCAGACCAGACGGCUGCUCAGAGUUUGGGAGGUAUCCAGGCGCCUCCAAGGAAGGACAAGGGAAAGGGUAAAGCCCGGUGA